ACUUCUUCAAACUCCGAGAAACUGAAGAAACAAGAAAAAUUCUCUGAAUCAAAUCGCGAAAACAUGGACGAAGAUGGUUUUUCACAAUGUUCAAAACACUUUUCGAAACGCGGUUAUUUUAGCGGCGGAGGCGUUUGUCCAUUUUGUCUUUACGAACGUCUCUCUUCUCUUUGUCCAGAUUGUGCUCACGAUCUUCCUUGUUCGUGUAGCUCACGCGCCGCCGUAUCUUUCUCUCCGUCGUCUUCUUCGUCUUCCUCAUCGUUCUCUAUCUUCGCCGGAGAUGUUAGUUUUACUUUCUCAGGGGUUGGAUCGGUGGGACGAGUCGCGAGUUUGAUUGAAUGCGAACCGGCGUUUAGGAGAUCGAAAUCUAUGGCGGUUCCGAUUAAACCGGAUUCGGUUAUUGAUUCCGGUAGGAGUAAGAAAACGUCGUCGUUUUGGAGGAUGUUUAUGGGAAACAGAGGAGAUACUAAACCGGCGGUUAUGAGGAAAUCAAGAUCCAUAGCGGUCGCCGGUGAAUCGGGAUUUUCUCCGGUUCCGGUUCCGGUUCCGGCGACUGGAAAGGGUAAAGGUUGGAAUUUUCCGAGUCCGAUUAAGGUUUUCCGGCAAUCAAGAGUCUCGAAGAUGAUAUUUCAACAACGGUCUCCAUUGUAUAGAGGUUGAGAUCAUUAUUUUUGUUAAGCUUUUUUUUUUUUUGGUUUUGC